ACAAGCAUUCAAAGAUCCCUCUCUGAGAGAAUCAAAAGCAAGAGUUCCCUCUCGCUCUCUCUCUCCCGCGGCGAUCCCAGUAUCAAUAUCUGCUUACUUUGCCAUUGCCCAAAGCAAUUCCGGAAUUUUAAGCGAUGGGUAUUACUCAUGGCCCGAGCCCUCGCCGCUUAUCCCGAAUCCAAGCCCUCAUCGUCGUCCUCGACUGCGGCGGCGAGUGAAGGAAUUGGGAGACGAAACAUUGUAGAAAAGAGGGACCUUUGCAGCAUUGCAGAAAGGCAGAAUGAUGGGCUCGGGGUUGAAUAUUGUCACCACGGUGAUAGGGUUCGGGAUGAGCGCUGCCUUCAUCGUCUUCAUCUGCGCACGCCUGAUCUGCGGUCGGAAUCGCUCUUCCGACGCUCAGUCUACGGCUUUUGAGAUUCAGUUCCGCUCUGAUCAUGGCCUGCCAGAGCAUGUGAUUCAUGGUCUAGAACCAGUUGUCGUGGCAGCAAUUCCUACGAUGAAGUAUUGCCGUGAGGCUUCCCACUCAAAGGAAGAUACCCAAUGUUCGAUAUGCUUGGGGGAAUACCAAGACAAGGAGGUGCUUCGAGUAAUGCCUACUUGUCAUCAUAAGUUCCAUCUGAUUUGUAUAGAUUUAUGGCUGCAGAAGCACUCAACAUGUCCUAUCUGUCGUUUUCCAUUAAACAAACAUGAAGCGAGAUUAGAAUCUCCCUUAGCAAGUUCGCUACAAGUUCAUGGGGCGGAGUAUACCAACAAUCAUACUUGGCUUCAUCCCUUCCAUCAACAUUCAGGAAGCAGUAGCAGUAACCAAGAAAUUCAUGAAACUCUAUCUACAGUAUUUGGAGAUCCUUAUGCAGAACAUGAGAGUGGUACAUAGUGAAGUUGGGAGAUAUAGAAAGAAGCUCAGGAAGUUUUCUUCUUCUUGUAGAGGAGAACCACAAUGGAAUAACAAGAACCUCGUUUCUGUACUUCUGAGAAGUUGCAAAGAAGUUGAACAGUGCUGCUAAGGAAUCUGACUUGUUCCAAAGAUUGGUUUUCAGAUCAUUUUCUUAAGCUUUUAAAAAGACGUUAUAGGUUCAAAUUAUAUCAAAAAAAAACUUUUGUUUGAACAACUUUGAUCUUUUAAUGGAUUGUUUUGGCAGGCUGCAAAUAAUGUUCUUCUCAGCAGAAUGUCUUCACAAUGGAUGUCAAACUGUUCACUAUGUAAUUUGUCAAAAUGUUUGUGAAGACUCAAAGUUGUAAGGAUUUCAAAUCAGUCAUAUAAAGGUACAAUCACUCAA